AUUUCAGAAAGUGAAGAGGUGAAGCAAAUACUGAGAUAUUCUGGUGAAGACUAUUUACCAGGCAUCUCUACUUGCAAUGAUAUAGUCACAGAAAAUGAUGAGGGGCUGACGAUAAUUCUUGAAAACGCUUUAGCCAAUCACAGAGAU